AUAACAAAGUCCUAAGAAAGAUCUUUCGUUUUCUUUCUUUUUUGUUAUUUCAGAUUCGUUUUUUUUUUUGUGUUCUUCAAAGUAAGGGAGAAGAAGACACAGAAACAUGGCUUGUCUUAGGAACACACUCUGUCUUGUUGCAGCUUUGCUUCUGAUCUACCAGAAGACAGCUACUUGCGAUUUCCUCUCUCCACUUUUCGCUCCUAUGUAUGAUAAUAUAUGUAAGGAAGUGGAAUGUGGGAAAGGGAAAUGCAAAUCAUCUUUGAACACAACUUUUAUGUAUGAAUGUGAGUGUGACGAUGGUUGGAAGCAGUUUGAUCAGCACCUCAAGUUUCUCCCUUGCAUCACCCCUAACUGUACCUUUGACCUAACAUGUGGUGAAGCAGCAUCUCCAGCACAACCCAAAACGCCUCCUAAAGACAACAUUACUUCAUUAUUCGACGCUUGUCAAUGGAUGGAUUGUGGAGGAGGGUUUUGCAACAGUACAACAGCAUUUCAAUACAGCUGCAAUUGCCAUGAAGGUUACAGCAAUCUCAUGAACAUAACCACAUUCCCUUGCUUGAAGCAAUGUGCACUUGGAAUGGACUGUUUGAAUCUUGGGAUACCUUUGUCAAACACAUCAUCGUCUUCUCCACCUGCUCUGCCUGAUAGCAGCAAGAAUCAAGGAUUGAAUCUAAGAGGAUCAUCAUUGUGGUGGAUAACAUUUAUGCUUUGUGUCUCUUUAGCACCAUGGAGGCUACUCUACAUUUGAUCUCUUUUGGUUUUGUAUCCAAAUUUCGUGUACAAAUACAUUACUUGACAGGUUUUUAGUUGGGCAUUGUACUACUUUACUU